AUGGAAAGCGGAGUAUUAUUCAAAGCGGCGACGGAUUACAUGUCUCUGGUGCUCCGUUUCUUGAAGGAGCGGAGGGACAUUACCGACCUGGCCGAGGAAAUGUUCAACUCUAUCGAGGGUCCGUUUUUAUAUUUAAAAAACAGUGAAUAAACCUGGCUUUAUAAAAAGAGAACUCCUGAGGAAUGCGAAGUUUUCCUAUCGAUUUUCCGGCAGUUCCCAACUCACUCGCUUCCUUUUAGAGAUUGAAAUGGAGGCGUCGUUUCCGGAACAGCAGUCGACAGGCGGCGCAACCAUCAUUGCUGCAAAAGUCGUUCUUCCGAGCUGCUCGCCAGAGAGCAGACUGGCUCUGAUUCCAGUUUAUCACCAGGCCCUCGAUAUGCUCAACAGUUAUGACAAAGUAACACCGGUGGUCGGAUUAUAACCUGCUACUUUUCUGCUCUAUUUCAGUUGCCCUCCUUCACGUGGAUGAGCGUGCGCCCUCUCUUCCAUCAAUAUCUCGAUAGCAUUCCGAAUGACACUCCCGGAGCCACACAACACCUCACUCUCCUCAUCAAGAUAUUCGACGUGAUGAGUCGUUCUUUCAAAGUUAGAGACGGUUUGCCCCCUUCUUAUAGACUUCGAUGUACAAACAAGCAGUUUCCAGACUUUUUCUCGUACCGUCACAUUUUGUCCGCUGGACGAGUCAUCACAAUCACUCUGGAAAUCAUCAAGAAUGUUGAUCGUGACGUGGCACUUCGCAAACUGGCGCUUGAGGUUCUUUCACGGAUCGUGCGCCAGUGCCCGCCAGAUUCUGCGCCCGUGAUCAGCAUUCUCAUAUCGGGAAUUCUCGGAGGACUUCUCAGAGUGACCAAGGGAUCCACAGUCAACGCAGAUCUGCUCGAAAACACCAUUGCGGUACGCUGAACUCAACAUCUUUCCCACACAAACUUCAACAAUUUCAGUUGUUUCGCGAUGCGAUCGUCUUGGUUUUUGGUGACAAAGCGGUGAAGUUCGACAGGAGCAAGCUGGAUUUGUCCACAUUUCCCGCAGAAAUGCACUCGCUUUUCGAUAGCCGCACUGCAGAAUGGGAGAAAGAGGCGGUCGCAGUCAUCAACGACUACAUUCGUGAUUUGCUGGGCAGUUACAUGAUCCAUCGAGUGAACAACGUGAAGAGGGCGGCGUGCGAGAUGCUGUGUCAGGUACAAGGAGAAUGUAGUCAAGUCUUCGGAAAUACACUUCACGGAUGUGUUCUCAGUAUGUAUACUAACUUGCGGUACGAUGAGUACGAAUGGUAUGGCUGCCACCGUUUUCGAUUUUUAUUACAAACCAUUUUUAGCUUCCAAGAGCUGGCAAUCUCUUCUCUGACACUUAUCAAAGAUCAAAAUGUCAUCGAGAGGUACUUCUACAGAGAGCUAGAGACGAUCAGCCGACGGAUGCCAGUACAAACGAGAAACGGGCACGGAGAGAGGGCACUCAACGUGCUUUCGGCAGUGUUGAGCGGACUGGGAGAAGCCGUCACAUUGAUGUGCGCAACUGAAUCGGACACGAUAGAACAAUUGCUCCGAUGCAUUGCCGACUGCGUGGUGAUCGAUAAGAAACUACUGCAGAUCACGAGCGAAGGCGUCUCCGAGACGAUUGAGAAGGAACUUCGAAAGUUCAAACUUCUGUACAAUCAAAGCCACCAAUCUGUCCGACACGUUUGUAAAGUGUUGGUGAAUCUCGGAAAGUUUGAGGUACAAAUACACAAACGGAACAUUAGAGAAUGCAAGAUUUAGGUUAUCCACAUGGUUCACAACCUAAUGAAGGAGGAGACGGCAAGCAGAAGAGCCACCUACCAUCUGCUUCUUGCUUACAUGCUGUCAGCAAUGGAGCGGAACGAGUCGUCGGCAGACGAACCGAUCAUUCUGAUGCUUGCCGAGUACCUCGUUCACGAUACGAACAGAGCAUGCGUCUACUAUCUGAAAGAAGAUGAAAAUCCAUACGGACAGGACUUUGACAAUGAUUGGAGCACGUGCAUCGAAUGUCUCAGCUGCACAAAUGUCGCUCUGUGCAUGAAGUUUGUCGGUGGAGCAGCCAACAGAUCUCAUGUAAACAUUAUUGAAAAGAUAACGACUGAAAAAGAGCAUUUCAGAUUACUAUCAACAGUCUGUGCACCAUCUUGAACCAAACCAACUCCAGAACUUGGGUCGUCGCGGAAUCCGCUCAGUUUGCUUUGAUGGUAUUGGCUGAUGUGAGCGGAGCGCCACUUCAGAAAUUUUAUUGAAGUUUUAUAAUUUCAGAAUGAAAAAGAAGUUAUGAUCAACGUGCACGAAAUGCUUCGAGUGUACAGUAGUUACAUCCUUAACACGGUCUCCCUCGCGUGCGCCUCUUCCGAAGACUAUCACUUGGCUCCUCUGCUGUUGAAUGCGUACUUGCGAUACGCGGAAAUUGACGAUCAAUUCGAGCAAUGCCGAAUAAUUGUGGAGAAAAUGCUGUACGCGUUGGAUAGCAAUGAACAGGUAAGACAGUUUGGUAGAAAGCGUCCUUCAUAACCCGUUUCACUAUUUCAGAAGUACACAAUAUCGCUUCUUCAAGCUAUUCGCACUUUUAUGCUCGCUCUCAACAAACAGUACGCUGACCACCAGCCGAUUGUACCUCCAGAAGACUCGGAAGACCAGAAGUACAUGCCAACUCCGCAGCACAUUCUCACAGAAAAGAUUCUUCUCCGCACGAAGCACAUGCUCACGUCGCCCCAUUUGCCAGUCAGAUUGACUACGCUGGCGAUUUUGAGAGAAUGCCUCGUACUUGUGCAGUACUACGACGACGCGCUUUUGCCGAUGAUCCAUCAGAAUUGGUACGGAAUAAUGACGAUCGUGAAGGAGAAGGAGCCAACCUCUUUGACGUCCGCAUACGAGCUGAUCAUCGAAAUGGCCGAAAAGUCUGGAACAUUUGUUCACGGAAAAGUGCUGAACGAGUUUUGGCCGGAAGUGGAAGGAUACCUGAUCAGAUGCCUCAAAAAAGAGUACGUUAGCCCUAGACCACUUUAUUUAUGAAUUUUCUGUUCCAGAAACGACGUCCAUACUGCAGACUACCGAUUAGUCGUGAAAGUAAUCGAUAGGCUGCCAGAUCUGAUCGCACAUUCUGGAAUCACGAAGCAGGAAGCGGACAGGACGGCCUUUAAGUUCCUGAACGCCGCCAUUGAAGAUCAGAGAACCUUCACAUCAUUCAGCCAAACUCAAAAAACAAAAAUCGAACAGUAUUUCAAAGAUCUCGUGUCAGCCGGUGAUAAAUAAUUGAUUGGUGAUAAUUGGAAUAAAUAUAAUGCAUUUGAACUUGCACACUUCUUAAAUGGAAAGGUUUUUCUCCUCUAUGCUUUCUUAUUUUUGCCAUGGUUCGCUUUCGCUGACCUGAAAUAUUUAGAUGCAAGUUCUGCCGUAUAAAUUCGAGGGCGAAGUUGUUCGUGGCUUCGGAAGAGGCGGAAAAGAGCUCGGAUGUCCGACUGCCAACAUGGACGACACGGUUGUGAACGGCCUUCCGGAGAAGCUCGCAGUCGGCGUCUACUUUGGAACGGCGACGUUAGACGGAAAGACGUACAGUAUGGCGAUGAGCAUCGGAUGGAAUCCACAAUAUCAAAACGAAAAAAAGACGAUGGAAGUGCAUUUGAUCGACUAUUCCGGCGGAGAUUUCUACGGACGGCGAUUAAACGGAGUCAUUCUUGGGUUCAUCCGCGAAAUGAAAAGCUUUUCUUCGCUUGGUAAGCGACUUCACGUUUUUUCAAUUCUCAUUUCAAUUUUAGAUGAACUGAAAGAAGCGAUUGCCAAAGAUAUCGAAGUGGCGAAACGUGGAACUUGUGAGAAGUUUGGAAAACUUUGA